GCUGCCUGAACUCUUCAACAGUUCAACUUUUUCUCGAGCACGAGCCUCAGCCAACCUCUACGAAGAAUAUAAUCCAUCUGUCGCAAAUGAUAAGAGGAGGAGGAUACAUUGCAAUGUUCAACUACUCGAGUGAGGCUGAUAACAUGAAGCAUUAUGGGCAGAUGAAACCGCCAUUGUAUGAGAUGGUGGGAAUAGCUGGAAAACUUCCACUUUUCAUAAGUUAUGGAGGAAAAGAUGCACUCUCAGAUAGCAUAGACGUGGGGAUGUUGAUUCAAAUGCUGCAAAAAGGCGGUCACAAGAUGGUGGUGCAAUUGAACGUGGAUUAUGGUCACGCCGAUUAUGUCAUGGGUGUGAACGCUAGACAAGAUGUCUAUGAUCCUCUCAUUUCUUUCUUUAGGUCGACUAGGAUCUAAUGAUUUUCCCAUUUUCUCAAUGAAUCUAUACAGCCUAGGUAAACUAUAAAAAAACACAAGCAUUUGAACUAAGUAAUUCUCUAGCAUAUGAA